GUCUCUUUACACAAACCCCUGCUUGAAAGGUAUUCUCGCUUUAGAAAUUAAUUUCUCAGACACAAUGGGAAACAGUUGCCAAAGCUUCUGGAAUGCUCCUAAAAACACAGAUGUCCGGAUCAGCCUGCCUGCUGUUUGCUUCGUUUGGCAAACUGCUAUGAUCAUCCUGUUUGGGGUCUUUGUGCGUUAUAAUGAUGAGUCUGAUGCUCACUGGCCCAAAUUUAAGAAGGAGCAUAAUAUUACAAGUGAUAUUGAAAACGAUUUCUACUACAGAUAUCCAAGUUUUCAAGAUGUGCAUGUUAUGAUCUUUGUGGGGUUUGGUUUCCUCAUGACUUUUUUGAAGCGCUACAGCUUUGGUGGAGUGGGCUUCACCUUCCUUAUUGCUGCUUUUGGGUUGCAGUGGGCCCUGCUGAUGCAAGGCUGGUUCCAUUCACUGGACCCUGUAGAUGGCACGAUUAAGAUUGGAGUAGAAAACCUCAUCAAUGCUGACUUCUGUGUGGCGGGGUGCCUAAUUGCGUAUGGAGCUUGUCUGGGAAAAGUCAGUCCUGUACAGCUGAUGGUGUUAACUCUCUUUGGCAUCACUUUAUAUGCAGUGGAAGAGUACAUCAUCCUCAAUCUUUUGCAUGCCAGAGAUGCUGGUGGCUCUAUGGUCAUCCACACAUUUGGAGCAUAUUAUGGUCUGACAAUAUCAUGGAUACUCUAUCGGCCUAAUUUAAACCAGAGCAAACGUCUCAAUGGAUCUACAUACCACUCUGAUGUCUUUGCAAUGAUUGGCACUCUUUUCCUCUGGAUGUAUUGGCCCAGUUUCAACUCUGCCAUUGCAAAUCAUGGAGAUGGGCAGCACCGAGCAGCCAUCAACACGUACCUGGCUCUAGCAGCAAGCGUCCUCACUACCUUUGCCAUAUCCAGCCUUUCUGCCAAGAAGGGCAAAUUAGACAUGGUUCAUAUCCAGAAUGCCACCCUGGCUGGAGGUGUUGCGAUGGGAACAGCAGCCGAAUUCAUGAUCACACCAUAUGGUUCACUUAUUGUUGGCUUCCUCUGUGGGAUCAUCUCUACUUUUGGCUACCUAGUGAUAAGUCCAUUCCUUGAGAAACGCUUGAAGAUCCAGGACACUUGUGGAAUCCACAAUUUACAUGCUAUGCCAGGGUUCCUUGGAGGAGUUGUAGGUGCAAUUACAGCUGCCACUGCAAGUGAAACUGUCUAUUCACAUGAAGGAUUGGUCAACACAUUCGAUUUUCAUGGUGACUUAGCAAAAAGGUCUCCUCAGACACAGGGAGGGUAUCAGGCUGCUGGUCUUUGUGUGGCCCUUGCCUUUGGACUAGUAGGUGGAGCAAUAGUGGGUUUUAUUCUGAAACUGCCUUUAUGGGGAGACCCAGCUGAUGAUAACUGCUUUGAUGAUGAAGUGUACUGGGAGGUACCUGAAGAUGAAGAAAGUAUUCCUCCAAUCCUGGAAUACAACAACCACUUUGCUAACAAGCAACCUGACACAUGUAUGUCUGAGUCAAACUUCUCCAUAGAGCAGAGCUAAACAGAAUUGGAAAAUGACAUAGAGAUGGUGUGGACAAUCAGCCCUGAAUGAAACCUCUUGGCAACCAGGAAAUCAAAGAUAUAAUAGCAUUUUGUUAGAUUUAAUAGACUAAUUGAAAUUAAACCAGUUUUAUCUAUAAACCUUUUAAAAUUACCGGGUGUCAUACCUGUACUAAUAAUUAGUUUAGUAACAUUUUUUGUGUAUGUAUGUGUGUAUGUAUGUAUGUAUGUAUGUAGAGUGUGUGUGUAUUUGUUCACACAAAUUAAAUACUAUUAUUGUUAAAAAAAUUUAAUUGCUGAUCAUUGAUAUGCAGGUUUUUCAUAAAGCAUGUAGCACAUUGUUUUAUAUGUACAAAAGCUAGAGUUAUCUUUUUCUGCUCUCCAGAAUUUAAUGGUUGAGGCUCGAUUACUUCCAUUUUGUGUAAUAUUUAUUUAGAUUUUGCAUCUAAUUGUAUUGUCAGUUUUGUGAAUUGACUGAUUUUAUUCAAUGCAUCAUGCAUUCAUUGUUAUUAUCUGCUGCCAUUAAAGUAAACAUUUUGAUGAA